UUAGUGACCAUUGGAUAAUUAUCUCGCUGUCAACAAAUAUAUAUUUUCUUCCGGAAGCUUCAAGCAAUACCAAUAUAAAUACGAUCGGCAGACAAGAGCCAUGGCUUCUCUCCUCAACCGAUCAAUUCAAUUGGUACUGUUCUCAGUUCUUUCAAUCGGAUUGUUUUGUAUUGGAGAAAUCAACGCUGAUUGGAAUGUAGAAGCAGUACUGGGAGGAGGAGGAGGUGACCUUAAGAAGAGAGAAUUUGAUUACUUUAAGCUGUCUCUGCAAUGGCCGGGCACUGUCUGUCGCCACACUAAGCAUUGCUGUUCCUCCAAUGGUUGUUGCCGAGGUUCAAAUGCGCCGGUUGAAUUUACAAUCCAUGGACUCUGGCCUGACUACAAUGAUGGUACUUGGCCUUCAUGUUGUUCUGGUCACAGAUUUAAUGUGAAAGAGAUCUGGACAUUGCUCGAUGCCCUGAACAAGUACUGGCCAUCCUUCAGUUGUAGUUCUGUAUCAGACUGCCAUGGUAGAAAAGGAUUAUUCUGGGGACAUGAGUGGGAAAAACAUGGAACUUGUUCCUCUUCAGUGACUUACGAUGAAUAUAACUAUUUCUUGACGACCCUUAAUCUCUAUUUCAAAUAUAAUGUUACGGAAGUUCUGCGAGAAGAAGGAUAUGUAGCAUCAAAUACUGAAAAGUAUCCUGUAGGAGGCAUUAUUUCCGCCAUCCAGAAUGCUUUCCAUGCAACUCCAGAAAUUCAAUGCAAAGGGGAUGCUGUGGAGGAACUUCGGUUAUGCUUCUACAAGGAUUUCGAGCCUCGAGACUGUGCUGAUGAUUCCAACCGCCAAAGUGACAUGGUUUACUCGAAAGCCUCUUGUCCCAGACAUGUCAGCUUGCCAGCCUAUGUGUCAUCAAGGCUUGAGAACAGUGGAACUGAAGUUUCAUCCCCUACUCUGAAGUCAUCUAUUUAAGGACAGUGCUGAUAACAGACCCAAGGUAUCAAUGUUCCACUCAUGGCUCGUAGAUGCCAAAUGGAUGCUCAAAAUUAUUAGUUGUAUCCUACCUAGAAUCAAUUAUUGUGUGCUGAGCACCUGCAAUUACAUUUGUGUUGUAAGCUAUUUAUAAAUAAAUUAAUUUUUACAGAUAUUUGUAUACAAUAUGUAACUGAUACACUUGAUAGCAUCA